AGCAGUCACCGUAAGUUCAUCCACGGCGAUGCUGGUACGCCUCUUUAGUCCUGAAUGCGAGCCCCUGAACAUUGCUGCUUUCGAAAAACCUGCAUAGUCAAGGCCACGAUAGCCUUCCUUAGCCUAUGGCUAUGGAUCGGUUGCUCAAUUCUUCGUGACUAGUGGAAACUUCUCUGCCAGACUUAAAACAUUCUAUGUGAAGACUUGUGCUUAAACAAAUAUCAGAACGUCAUUCCUGCCUAAUUAUGCAACAAACACUUGGCUUACUGAUUUGGGCCACUUAUUUGGAUGAUUUGUUUGAAAUGAAUUUGGUUGAUAUUGGUUGAUUCAUUUCUCUACCCCCCAAAAUUGUUCAGUUUUGGUAAAAGAAUCGGGAUUUGGGUAUUCUUGAUGAUAUACCUAGAAAAGAUGAAUUAGUAAUGAUGCCUGUGAAUGGGGAAUAAUAAGCUUAUUAUUAGCCUUAGGGAGAUUGCUGCAUUCACGGGGUUACUGACAAAAUGGUCUCACGGGCAGAUGGAAGGACUCUUAAAGAAGAAAAGGAAAGAAGUGUACACAAAAUAAACCAAUAGAGUAGAUAAUUUUUGCAAGAAAACAAAGCUUUGAGGGGGAAAAUGUGCCCCUUAUUAUUUAUCUCAACUUCUCCUAGGCCAUUCCUUCUGUCUUUGCUUUUUGCAGCCAUUUUCCUUCAAAACAUCAGAGAUAUAAUCAUCCAAUACAAAGCAUCCAAAUAUCCUUUUUAUCAUUGCAUUUGCACCCUUGGGUUUGUGUUACCAUAGCGCUAAAGCUCUACUACAUCUGCACCCAUGGCUGCCAAGAGCUACUCCAUUGUUCUCGAUGCAUCGAUCAUCAUCAUACUAUCCUUCCUAUCACAUUCAGCAACCUCCACUGAUUUCAACUAUCCUGCAGAUUUCAACUUUGGUGAUUCGAACUCCGACACAGGAGACCUCGCUGCUGGCCUCGGCUUUCGUCUUCGCCUCCCCUAUGGACAGACUUACUUCAACCCUCCUACGGGGAGGUUCUGCAACGGCCGCCUUAUCAUCGACUUCCUAAUGGAUGCUUUUUUUCUACCGUUUCUAAGUGCGUAUAUGGAAGCUGUUGGGUUGCGGGAACUUUUGAAGAGGAUGCAACUUUACAGCUGCUGGUUCAACCAUAAAUCCAGCAACACCAACGUCAGUCUGCCCAUUCUCAUUUGUGAUUCAAGUGUCUCAGUUUCUGCAAUUCAAAGCUCGUGUAGUCGAAUUGCUCACCAAAAGUAAGAAGUUUGACAAGUACCUUCCAGCUGAGGACUAUUUCCGGAAGGGCUUGUACAUGUUUGAUAUAGGCCAGAAUGAUCUUGCUGGUGCAUUUUACUCCAAGAGCUACUAUCAAAUCGUCGCCUCGAUCCCAACCACCUUAUUUGAGUUCGAGAAUGGAAUCAAGAGAUUGUACGAUGAAGGAGCGAGGAACUUCUGGAUACACAGCACCGGUCCUCUAGGAUGUUUGGCUCAGAAUGUGGCGAAAUUCGGUACUGAUCCGUCCAAGCUCGACGAGCUAGGCUGUGUUAUUGGGCAUAACCAAGCUGCCAAGCUUUUCAAUCUGCAGUUUCAUGCUCUGACCAAGAAGCUGCAAGCUCAGUAUGCUGAUUCAAACAUCACACAUGUCGAUAUCUACACUAUCAAGUCCAACCUUGUUGCAAACUACUCCAGAUAUGGAUUUGAGCAGCCCAUAAUGGCUUGCUGUGGCUAUGGAGGACCACCACUGACAGUUACAGCCAAGGUGUGCAAUGACAGUACCGAGUAUGUGAACUGGGAUGGGAUUCAUUACACUGAAGCUGCAAACCAGUAUCUGAACACAGCUUGCUGAGAUCGAUUGCCCUAGCUGAUUCAUUCUUUUACUCCAAGCUGUGAUCGAUUGCCCUAACUGAUUCAUUCUUUUACUCCAACAUCGUAUUCCUUCUCCUGCCUGUAAAACUUAUUACAAAAGGAUAGGAUCUAAUACAAGUGCAUUCUAACAGUGAUCGACUUUGUCACUUUAAGGAAGUCAUUGAUGUUCAGGUAUUCCUAGAUGUUAGCUGCCGUACACCUAUUAUACAUCUGUGAGCAAACUGAAACCAGAUGCAUAAUUGAGCAGACCUUGUGGUGCAAGUUUAUGCACAAUAGACAAAAAUUGAAACAAAAGAAACCACAUUUUAUGAGCACUGAAAAAA